GAAAGAACAGGUGGCGCUCCCUUACAGAUCUAGUACAUGAACAAUGGCCGCCAAAACAAUAAUUCUCUUUGUCGUUUCUGUGCUUGUUACCCGUCUUGAUGCGCAGGACAACAUACGCUGUGAUAUGAGUGACCGUUACGGAUCAUGUGAUUCCGGGUUUUGCUGUGUUCGAGACCAGUUCCUUGCUUCGUACGUCUACUGCAAACGUAUUCCAACAAACACACACCACUGCAUGACCGUGGUGUCUGAGUCAGAAUGCGCAUGUUCAAGUAACUUAACAUGCGUACCAAACAUUAAUCUACCAACAUUUACUUCCGUUUAUGGCAAAUGUCAAGGAGAUUCCAGCACAGACAUACCAGAUUCUACGAUGCCGACAGACGCUAUUCAUAAACCCACGAAAAGUCACCGCUAA